UGUUGUCAUUGAAAACGAGCUAAAAGAGUCGAUGCAUUUAAUGAGUCUCACAGCUAGUUUACAGCCCUGCUUCAGUAACUUUGCAAAGGUUGCAGAUAAAGCAAGAAUUUUUGUCGACUCUCCAUACAAUUUUUGUGUGAGCGAACAAGGCAACAUGUACUCCUCCAAUGCUGCGACCGCUGCGACGGAUCUCAGCUAUCACUCGCUACCCAUAUCGCAUUCGGGGUCGUAUCAUGGACAUUAUACAUCAAGACACGAUUCGGACAGUCGAUUGAUGAAUUACCCCAUACAGACAGCUGCCUCGUAUCCCUCUUGGAACGGGCUGUCAAACAAUUCGGAAUGCACUUCCAACAGUCUCGCGACGUCCUCAUCACCAUCGGGUUAUCACAGUUAUAGUAAUGCAGUGUAUAGUUAUAAUAUGAACCUGAAUCAUUAUCACCAAGAUACUGAGCACCCCGCUGCCCAAGAAUAUCCCCAUAUUCAAAGAAACUUACAUCUACCAUCCGCAACAUGCCAAGCAGCUUACACGAACAGGGACAGCAUUGCCAACACAAGGGAGGCGACGGCACAUGUCCCCGUUUCAGAAACAAACGGAACUUCUAGCACACUGGGGAUUGAUAACGAAUCGCCCCCUCCUACCCUCACGAACCUUGAUAAUCCGCAAGUUAGCGGAGAGGCGGCUGUAUAUAGUUGGAUGAAAGUCAAGAGAAAUCCUCCAAAAACAGUCAAACCUGCAAACGAUUUUGGAGCAAUAUCAGCAAAUAACAACGGCAGAACGAAUUUCACGAAUAAACAACUUACAGAACUAGAAAAAGAAUUUCACUUCAACAAGUACCUAACUCGUGCAAGACGAGUGGAAAUCGCCUCGCAGCUUGGACUUAACGAAACACAGGUGAAAAUCUGGUUUCAGAACCGCAGGAUGAAGGAGAAGAAAAAAAUGAAGGAAUGUAUUUCGUCCAUCCACAUUUCCGGAUCCCCCGAGUUAAAAUCACACCUAGUCUAUACAAGCUAACAUUUUUGUAUAUCAUUCCUUUUGGACGUGAUGGAUAUUUCUUACAUGGAUUUUUGUCAGUUGUUGACCAUGUCUACCGGGAAUAAACAAAUUAUCAUCACGCGCUUACAACACAACGACUUGGUAUUCUCCAACUUGUCUCAAGACUAUCGAGAUUUUUUUUGUAUAAUAGAGUAACUGGACUUGUGAAAAAUGCAAGAUAUUACCGUUGGUCCAAGAACAGAGAGGUGAUGUGGUUUUUCCAAUAAGUUACUGUACUGUAGUACUAUUGCAGCCUUUGGUUAUUUAUUAUGAUUAUCCACAUGAGAAAAGCGCCCCCUUUAGCCGAUGCCAUCCAUGAACAUCAACCUGAUGUUUUGUGCUAGCCUAAAUACGUUUUGACUCUCGAAGCCUUUCAUACGAAAAGCAAUCGUAUGCAUCAAUGUCAGUAUGCCAACUUGAGGCAUAUGGUGAACGUAAACGUCUUCUCGUUUUAUCUAAAACCCGUUGCGAGUUGUUGACGGUGAACGUGGCGAAGCUGAUAAUGUUAACGAGCAUUCUACGACAUCGUGCUAUAGAGGGACGAUGCCACGAACCGUGUUAUUAAAGAUAUAUUCAUAACUUAUCUUAUUCAUAUCGUACCUCAAUCUGUUUGUUAAUCAUUGCUUGCAAUGUAAUUAUAUGUUUAUUUCAAUAUAUUUAUUAUAAUAAAUUAAUUCGCUUCAAGCUGAGAUUAUUAGGCCUAUUAUUGGGUCUGCUUUUAUUAUUAUUAUUAUUAUUAUUAUUAUUAUUA